CUGGACAGACACGGUUUAAAAAGUCUCGUGCUCUUUGGUGGUAACUGAGUUUACAAGAAGACUAUAGCUCACAGACGUCAGCAAAGACAAACACUUCGGUGAUCAAAAUGGCAUACUACGAAGGGAGCAUUAUUUUCGAUUCAGACAACAGCUCUGAGGAGUCCGGGGAUUUUGAUGUUGACUUUCAGGGGCCGUGUGAAAGAGCGCCUAACCACGAUUUUCACAAGAUCUUCCUACCAACAGUUUAUGGAAUUAUCUUCAUUUUGGGAAUUUUCGGCAAUGGACUAGUUGUCAUCGUAAUGGGCUUCCAGAAAAAAUGCAAAACUUCGAUGACGGACAAGUACAGGCUUCAUCUUUCCGUAGCCGACCUCAUGUUCGUCCUCACGCUACCCUUUUGGGCGGUGGAUGCGGCCAGCAGUUGGUACUUCGGCGGUUUUCUCUGCAAAGCCGUGCACAUGAUCUACACUGUCAACCUGUACAGUAGCGUGCUGAUACUGGCCUUCAUCAGUCUGGAUCGAUACCUGGCAGUAGUGCGCGCCACGGCCACCAACAGCCAGGCAACGAGAAAGCUCCUGGCAGGCAAGGUGAUAUAUGUCUGUGUUUGGCUCCCUGCUGCUAUACUCACAGUGCCAGAUCUGGUGUUUGCAAGUAGCUUCCAAGUUGAGCUGGACAUGGGAGGCUCCAGACUGAGCUGCCUGCGCAUUUACCCACUGGAGAAUAAUCACAUCUGGGUGGCCGCGUUCCGCUUUCAGCACAUUCUGGUGGGCUUCGUCCUGCCUGGCCUAGUUAUUCUCACCUGCUACUGCAUCAUCAUUUCCAAGCUGUCCCAGGGCUCCAAGGGCCAGGCGUUGAAGAGGAAGGCCCUGAAGACCACCGUAAUCCUGAUCCUAUGCUUCUUCUGCUGCUGGCUGCCGUACUGUGCUGGCAUCUUCGUGGACACCCUCAUGAACCUGGAGGAGAUCCCCCACAGCUGUGCCCUGGAGCAGGGGGUCAUGAAGUGGAUUUCCAUCACAGAGGUUCUGGCUUACUUUCACUGCUGUCUCAACCCCAUUCUCUACGCUUUCCUCGGUGUCAAAUUCAAGAAAUCUGCGAGGAACGCACUGAGUAUUAGCAGCAGAUCCAGCCAUAAGAUGCUGACUAAAAAACGUGGACCGAUCUCUUCUGUAUCUACUGAGUCAGAGUCCUCCAGUGUCCACUACAGUUAAUGGGCAGUCUCUCACUGUGCCUGGGGUCACUUCUCAGGAUAAAAAAAGCUUUAUUUGUAAACUACAUUUUCUACACUUUUUAUACAUUUUUGUAUUGUUUUAUAUACAUUUAUACUUGAGUGAGUCUUUUGAGCUUUUUUUGUGUUGUUUAAAAGCCCUCUUGUGUUCUAAAGCAGAUUGAAUGUUUGGGCAGUGCCCGAGGUCCAUUUAAAGUGCAUUGACUGGUCAACUGUAUACAUUUAGUCAUUUAUUUAGCAGACGCUCUUAUCCAGAGCGUAUACUGUACAUAGCAUAGACACACCAUUUUCUGCUGCAGAUGAUAACGGUUGCACUGUUUCAUUGAGGUGGGGCAUGCAAUACUUCUUAGUUUCUUUACAAGGAUGGGAGCUUAGCUGUUUAACUAUUUACAAACUGUAAAUAGUUGUUUGUGCUCGCACUUAAGUUGUGUGAUUAUUGAAAGUUAUUAUUUAUUGCUGUAGCUCACACUGAACCAUUUUCUAAGUAUUGUAAUUACAUUUUUUUAUGUUGCGUUUCUUUUUAAAGUUGUUUCUAUGUUGUUUUGAAAUAAAUUCUUCUUGAAUAUCACU